AUUCUAGAGAGAGAAAACAUUAGGGUUUGGCAUUAACCAUCUUUCCGCGCCGCCGCUCUCUGCUUCCCUUCUCACACGUCGCCGUUCGUUGCUUCCCACUCUCCCCCAGCGGCGUUCCUUCGAGGUCAGUUCCUCUGCCCUGCUAUUCCAUGUCUAACGAGUCUUCCUCUGUUCGCACGUCCGAGGCCGAGCGCGAGCUCGGGCCCGAAAGUCAUGGUUCCGUGGCCCAGGGCGACCGAGCGGAGCAGCCGGGUUCCCCGUCCGUUAAGGAGAUCGCGGCUGUCGAGGUGCCCGGGGUUAGUGAGCCUCGCCUCCAGAAACGAACCUUGCUCGUGGACUCGCUCAUCCGCGAGUGCAAGUGCGACUUGUCGAGUGACGAGUUUCUCAAGGUGGUGCGCUACACCGGCCCCCUUGUCACCGUCCGUCGCCCUACCCCGGAUGAGUCAGUCUUCGACGCUCAUCCGGGCUACUUUUCCAUCCAUCUCAAGUCCCUUGAGAGUGGCUUCCGCUUCCCCCUCGAAUCUCUGGUCAUCGACUUCUUCAAGUACUUUGACUUCCUCCCGUGCCAACUGGUGCCGAACUCCCACCGGUACUUAGCGGGGUUCUUGAUCCGCUGCCGGGAGAUGGGCGUGCGAGCCGACGUUGAGCGCCUAAUGACUUUGUUCCGAGUGGCAAAGUCUUCCGGGUCGGAUGGGGGUUCUUUCGCCGCCCUCUGCCAGCGGCAAGAGAGACUUUUUAAAACCAAGAAGGAAUCCAACAAGACUUGGAAGUCCAAGUUUGUCUUCGUCUCCGUGGGGUCAACCUCCCCCUUCCGAGAGUCCCCCCUCAGUUCUUUUCGUAGACGAGCAAAACCCUUUGCCUCUUCCAAGGCUAUCGCUGAUACGGACAAGUUGUGUUCGGGUGGCCCUUACGAGCCUGGGGUCUUAGUGAAUGACGAGGCUCUGUCCAAGUUUGGGUUCGUCUUCCAUGACGAGGACGAGCCCAAGCGCCGGGUUGUCCAGAGUCAGCUUGAAGAAGGACCCUCAGGUGAAAUCAUGAUCUCCGCGGCUGAUAGGAAGAAGCUGUUCAAGUCCAAGCCACGAUCGGAGCUCGGCCAAGAACGACCUCCGCUUCCAACUCCAACACCGUCCGCCGAGCAUGCCCAGGCGAGUAAGAAGCGCAAGGAUGUGAGCUCCUCGAUGGAAGGGGCUUCGCUGAGCGGGGCGAAGUCUCCACCCUCGCGUUCGGUGGACUGCGGAAACUCGGCCUUCGUGAAGGUGGCGUUCCCCCUCAAGCCUUCGUUCUUGCAUGGGGACUAUGAGCCUCGCCGUUUUCUGCAGAGCUUCAUCCCUCCGCCAGACCGAAUGGAGAUAAGUUCGGCCGCCUCGGAAGACCUCGCCUCCACUCUCUUGCUCGAGUUGGGCUCGGUGGCCAUGCGCGCCCCAGAGCUGGUGGAGCGCUUCGAGUGGUAUGUGGCGGAGAAGGCAAAAGGCGAAGAGGAGCUUCGGAGGUUGCAGGAGCACGUGGCUGGCCUCGAGGGGGAGCUUGCUAAUGCCGAGGAGCGGGCUCGGGCUUCAGAGCGGGCUCGCACUGCUGCUGAGGAGAAGGCACGCCGCCUGGACGAGGAAGCCGAGCACGUGGUCGAGGCCUUUCAGACCUCCCCCGAGUUCGAGGAGGCGGCUCUCGCCCGCAUGGACGAUCUCCUGAAGAGCUGGGCUCGAACUUCUGCCGGCCAACGUUUCCUCUUCAAAGAGGGGCAGGCCAAUUACUCCAUGGGUUUGCAACGGGCUCAAGAAGUCUUGCUAGAGCGGAUCAGAGAUGGGAAGGAGCUACCGAAGCCAUGCGAGAACCCUGAGGAGUUUGACUCAUCCAUCUACUACUCCGAGGACGAGGACGCCAUUGGCGGGGGUGUGGACACCGCUGGUAACUGAGCGCGUCUGGCCCACCGAUAAACUCCACCCUUAGUUUUUUUUUGAUGUACUGAUUUUUGUGCUCGAACAAUGUAUUUUGCACUGCGUAACUAUUACCCUUGACUCUUCGUGGUUUGCGAUGCCUUUAUCGCCUUACUUUGAUUCUCAGUCGCAUUUUCUUGAAUAAGUUUUGGAAUCGGAA